AUGUCAACUAAAUACAUACCCUUGGAUAAUACCGAACCUUCGCCUCAUGGUCAGGAUACCACACCUCCUGGGUAUGAAUUGGAUGAUUUUACUCCUGAAAUGUCAGAAGCAGGAAAUUCUCAUGGUCCAAUGGAACCCCUUGAUGUAACAUUUCAUGGUGAUACUGGUACCCAAAAGUUGAAACUAAAUUACUAUCCUCAAAGAGGUAUUAGUGGAAUUCAUAAAACCAUUGGAAAUAAAUUGAAUUCUUUGGGAAUACAAGUCGAUCAUGAACUAUAUCUGAUUGGUAUAUGGGAGGUGUAUCAAUUCAGGUUACUUACCUGUGAUGAGGAUAGAAUCAGCGAAAAACUUAUCACCAUUCCAGUGCAUUAUUUCAGAACAGAGGAAGAAAAGUCGAUAAUGGAUGCAUAUAAUCGUAGUACCAGAAAGGCGCUUGUUUUAAGUGCUUCUGUUUUUGUUGGUGUGAUAAUUUUCACUGUUCUUUUCAUCGUGAUUAGUAGUCAUAACGAAAACAAGCAUGGAAAAGGGAAGAACAAUUAA